AAUAGUAAAAAUAAUCGGAAACCCUCUAGACAUACAUAAAAUGUUAAAAUAAACGUCACAUCCGAUGGACAAAACACAUGUCCACAUGGAUUCCUGAAGAACUUCAAUCUUCAAGAUAGGGAAUGAUCUUUUAUAGUUGACAACAAUGCCUGGUAAAAAGAAGAAGUUUAUUGACAAAAAGAGUGCUGUGACAUUUCAUUUGGUACACAGAAGUCAAAGAGAUCCACUCCAGGCCGAUGAAGAAUCAUCCAAACAUGUUCUUCUGCCAGUGGAGAAAAAGGAGCCAAGUGCAGAACAGAAGAGAGAAGAGCUACAGAAAUAUGGCAUAUUUUUUGACGAUGAAUAUGAUUACCUGCAGCAUUUAAAAGAUGUGAAUGAAGUUUAUGAGUUGGAAGAGCAUGUGCCAAGAGAGAACAAGAAUGUGAAGAUUAAUCUUCCUUCCUCAGUAUUUGCCACUGAUCUGGAGAAGGGUGUGGGACUUCUGAAUGAAGCAGUGCCUAUCAGAGGCCCCAGACCUGAUUGGGAUCCGGAUAUUGUGGCGGCCCUGGAUGACGAUUUUGACUACAAUGACCCAGAAAACCAGCUGGAGGAUGACUUCAUAUCAAUGGCAAACACAGGAGAAGGUCCUAGAUUCGAGGAGGGAUAUGAAGGAAAUGGAUCUGAUGAUGGUUUUGACUCUGAUGAAUGUGAAUUUUCUGAUGAUGACUUUGGAAGUGAUGACAGGGAAAAGAUGUUUAUGGAUGAAGAAACAAAGUCACGGUUCACUAAUUAUUCAAUGUCGUCCUCAGUAAUUAAGAGAAAUGAUGGACUUACUCUUCUAGAUGAUAGAUUUGAAAAGCUUUAUGAGCAAUAUGAGGACACAGAAAUAGGUGCUCUAGAUAAUGAAGAUGUCGAUGGUUACGUUGGACAAGGCAGCCACAUGCUGGACACAAUAUUGGAAGAUUUUGAAAAACAACAAGAGAAUAAUCGUAGAACCUUGCAUGCUGUGAUGGAUGACGAACGACCUGACGACCAUGGGAUUGAGGUCAAAAGUGAUGAGGAUUCUGACAGUGGGGGUGACCUUGUACCCAUGGUGAUAGAGAAGCCUAAGGAAAAAUGGGACUGUGAAUCCAUUUUAAGUACAUAUUCAAAUCUUUAUAACCACCCCAAGUUAAUAGAGGAACCAGGAAAAGAUAAAAUCAAAUUGACAUCUCGGCUGAUGAUUCCAGAGGGAGUGUUAGACCAGCCAGGAUUAACACGGAAACAGAUUGAACAGGAAAUGAGGGAGAGUAGGCGGGCUGACAAAGCCAGUACGUACCGCCCGAAAAAUGAGACAGCAGAGGAACGGAAACAGAGGAAGCAGGCCACCAAGCAGGAGAGAAAGGAAAGAAGAGUGGAGAAAAAGGCCAACAAAGAAGCAUUUAGUGCAGAGAAAGUUCGACAAACAAAAGAGCAGCUCAACCUACAGACAAACUUACAGGGUCUUAAGUUAUCAUGAUACCAAGACUGGAGAAGCUUGAACUAGCAAAGUCAAAGUCUGGGUCAGGUGGCAGCUGUGCCCAUCUAUUAUGGUCAGUCUCAACAAGAGAACACCGAAAAGGACUUGUCUGGAUGUGCAAGUUUUUCCACUGUGUUGUCAAGAUAUGUUGACUAUUAGUGACUAGGAAUGGACAUAUUAGGAAGUUACUGCUUCCCAGCUUUAUUGUUUUUGAUGAUGUUU